GUAGAGCCGGCCUGUUUGAUAAAUGACCCUUCGGAUACAUCAAACCAGAGAGAAUAUUUCUCUAAGCAAAUUAUUGAAGACCACAGUACCUUUCUGACGUUCACAACUAGAAAUCUAAUUCACCUUGAGAUGUCCGUGCUCGAGUUCAUUAACAGAAAGGGUUGAUCAGUGCUAGAUAUAUAUGAAGCUAUUGCGGCUACUCAAGAAAUACUACUGUUCCAUCUUCAAGAAGAAGAAGAAGAAGCAGAUGGCGAAUGUUGAGAAAGUUGUUGGUGUGAAGAAAGUGAGGCAAAAAGAUCCAGAUGGAUGGGAUCUGAGCAUGCCACUCCCAGGGGACAUCAUAGAAGGUAUUGCUGAAUUAGCUGCUGAUGAUGACUCCUUUAUUCAGGCCAAAGCAUGGUCAGAGUUAACCUUAUUUCUUGGUAAAAUUGCUGGACAUUUUGUUUGGUUCAAGGUUAGAAGGGGAGAGAGUACACUUAAACUCAGAGGAUAUGUCUUAGUUGAACGACGUUCCAAUCUCCAGAAAAGGUUUGUCGUUAGAGCAGCAUCUGAUGAGAGACAUCUUGCUGUUAUAGCAGAAUUAACUUUCGAACGUUGCACUGAACUCCAGGAAAUGAGCAGAAGAAUGGUCAAUUCGGGAUCACGGGGGUAUAACCAAAUGGGAUUACAAUAUGACUGGAAGAUGAAGGUGGGAACUUAUCUACCAGAUUCUCGUUCUACAGUUGUAUGCUCCAUAGUUUUUAUGCCUCUGACAAGAGAGUAUAGAGUAGAAGCCACAUUAGUUCGUACCAUGGCCUGGUUUUCAGCAGCAGUAUCUUCAGGAAUCCCUCUUGUAUUCAUUAACAUUCAAACCGAGCAAAUCAACAAUUUGGAGAAGAGAAACACUAGUGGAAAAGAUCUCACUUGGAGUAGGCAACUAGAUGGCUAUGUUGGUAACCAAUCCGCACAAGGUGUAAGGCUAUGGUAUCUACCAGGAAUUGCAGAGGUUCCACUUGAAUUAACACCUGAACCAACAGAAGCAAGAUUUGGAAUAGACAUUAAACGAACAGAUGAAAUGGAUUUAGAUUGA